UAAUAUUCACACUGAAAGCCAAUUUAGAAUCAUCAGCUAGCCUAGCAUGCCUAUAGAUGUGCAUAUAGCAUGCAUAGCCUUGCAAGCACAUUGACGUUCUUGUGCUGAGGCAGCAGAGCUAACCACUGUGUUGCCCUAUGACCGUCGCAGAGAAUUUAGCAAGGAAGAUAAACUAAAACGAAUAUGCUGAUAGCGCUCAAACACAGGCUAAAAAGUCGGAUCUAUCUAACUUGUGUAGCUAAUAAAGCUUAAUUUAAUCCAUCUAUCUGUAGCUAUUCAUAUAUUUAACUGUGGAUUUAGCAUGGAGGGCUUGAUCUUAUCCCAGCUGAAAAUGGGUAAUAAACAGAAUACCUGCCACUCAGGUCAUGGUCACACCCACAGCCAAUUUAGAAAUACCAAGUAAACUGUUACACAUGUCUUUGGGUCACUGUAGCAAGCCAGAACACCUGGAGAGAACUCACACAGGCGCAGGAAGAACAUAGCAAUUAGCAGUUACACAGCUGUGGCAGCCGUGGUAUUGGGGGAAACAAGGCUCGUCUUUUUUGGCUUUUCCAAAGAGCUACAAGUUAGCUGGAAAUGCUGAGGCGAGACAGCAAAAGAGCUCUGUGUAAAUGAGCAGUCAGUAAAAUUCUGAGUAAAUGAGGUAAAUCUGGGAUGAUGCACUCAACAUGUUAAGCGUCUCCACUUCCCGCACACAUUGGACUGUUUUAUUGCAUUUUGUAGAUCAAUACAAUUAUGAUCCACAAAGAAACCACAGUUCAGAAUCCACAAAGUGCACUCGAGUUCAUCACCAGUUAACAGUUUUCAAGUGCACGCUCACAGAUGCAAACAGAUAACGCUAAUCUGUCGAGCAAGUGUUUUUACGUCUGCCACUGCAUAUGUGCACUUUGAUGUACUGAUUAAUGCUCUAGAUGCAAAUCCAGAUUUCUCAAUGCGCCAUUAAGUUUUGCGAUGGCGGAGGAAAGCAUUAGUUGCCAACAUUAAGAGUCAAAUCUCAUUCAGGUCACACAAAGAACGGCUACAUGUGGUAAACGCUAAACACUUUGUACGUUUUUCAGUUUCUGGCGCUUGUAUUUUGUGGAAUGUAAUGACUCAGAAAAACAAACAAACACACAAAUACCCUCUCAACAUCUUUCAACGUCUCAAAAGACCUGCCCCCACCUACCCGUCAUUACUCCCUGCGUUUGGCGCUAAUGCAUUUUCAAGCUAAUACAUAAUGUAACAGACGCCUUUGUUUUUUUAUGCUGAACCACUAAAUAGGUUAUAGAUGAAUUAUCUUGCCCUUCCAUCCCAAAGGCCGUUCAACUGUGAGAAUGAGUUUGCCCAUUUCCACUGCAGCAUCCGCACUCCAUUAACUUAGUGUAAACCACGCUCAUUGGCAAUAUACAAAGGAAAUGCAGCACAACAGCUGUUGAUAAUGUUGUUGUGUUUUCCUUCUUUGGGUUAACUAACUAUCUCUGCAUCUCCUUUCUUUAUAGCUAAUCGUCAUCAUCACCCGUGUCAACCCGAGUUCCAACUUGUUGUCAACAUGUUCAGACAAAACAGCUGCGCUAAACUCUCCAGUUUACUCGACAGCUGCAUAGUAAACGACGUGUUCAUUACAAAGCGACUAGACAUAAGCUGUCACCUAAAGCAAAGACUUUAAAUGUUCCUAUUUCCCAACACUUUUCAUGCAGUGCCCAGUGACAUUAGACACUAUGUACACAAUAUGUUGUUAGAAAUUGCUGUGUCAACAAGGUGUCAGACUCGAACAGGUCAGGCAGGCUGAUACAGUCAUCUGAGGGGGAAAUAUGAGAAAAUAAAUAAAGAACAGAUGGUGUUUGCAUUGCACCAGGAAAGUGUGAAGUGAGUGGAAAAUAUGGUUUAGGGUGUGUGUUCAGCAGAAGCAGAUACUGGCCUAUCAGGAUAAAUCAGUAAGUGGCAGUAAAAAAAAUAUUAGUAACAAAUUUUGGCAAAUGAAAGCACAAUAUUGCCUACAGCGAAGAAGUAAAAAAAGAUCACCUUUACAGUGGUUUCCCCCCAUGAGCUAAAGUGUUUGUGAUGUCACUGAGUUUGAUGUGACUGUGCUGCGUAGUUAAAGGGAAAGACCAGCCCCACUUCGACUUGCUUUCAAAGUGAGCCUCUGAAGACGCAGCAUCAUUCCAUUACUGUGGCAACAUCUGGUAGAUGAAGCAGGCAGUCGGUCUGAGGCAGCAUUGUGAUUGCGGACGUCAGGCGGGAGUGAAGAUUGACAUACCAUUUUUGAAAACAAGAAUUCACCGCAGCUACACAAAUGGAGAAUGUGACAGGUGGUUUGCAGGACAACUCCAGUCGGUGCGAGUCCAUCGAUGACUUCCGUAACCAGGUCUACUCAACAGCAUACUCCCUCAUCACAGUUCUAGGCCUGGUUGGGAAUGGCUUUGCCCUGGUGGUGCUUAUCAGAACGUAUCGCCAGAGCUCACCCUUUCACGUCUACAUGCUGAACCUGGCUGUGUCUGAUCUGCUGUGCGUUAUGACGCUGCCGCUGCGAGUUCUCUACUAUGUCAGAAAGGGAGACUGGCACGAGGGGGACUUUCUCUGUCGUAUCAGCUCUUACGCCCUCUAUGUAAACCUCUACUGUAGUAUUUACUUCAUGGCAGCUAUGUCUUUCACGCGUUUCUUGGCUAUUGUUUUCCCUGUGCAGAACCUGCGGCUGGUGACAGAGAACCGUGCACGCCUUGUUUGUGGUGCUAUCUGGGUAGUGAUCUGUCUUUUAUCUUCACCCUUCCUGAUAUCUGGCCAGAAGUUUGAUCCGAUAACGAAUAAAACCAAAUGCUUCGAGCCACCUCCACCUGGGAAAAGCUUGAAAAAACUAAUUGCGCUGAACUAUGUGUCGCUGAUGGUGGGCUUUGUCCUGCCCUUUCUGGUCAUCAUACUUUGCUACGCUGGCAUAGUCCGAACCCUGCUUUCCCGCACCCACGCUGCCCGCCGUCAGCGGGGCACAGGCACCAGAGCCAUCCGGAUGAUUGUCAUUGUCCUGCUGACCUUUCUGGUCAGCUUCAUGCCUUACCACGUGCAGCGCACUGUGCACCUGAACUUUCUGUCUCGGGGAGACACUACCCACUGCGAGAACGUUUCCAUGCAGAAGUUGGUGGUGGUGACGCUGUGCCUGGCUGCUGCCAACUCCUGUUUUGAUCCGCUGCUUUACUUCUUCUCUGGGGAGGGUUUCCGCAGCCGGCUGUCCUCGCUGCGCCAAUCCAUGAAGGCAAGCACCAUGCAACGCACAGACAGGCGAAAACCCAUCACAGCUUCAGAGUCAGGGGAAAACCAACAGCUGAAGACCGGUUAAAUGGCACCAUGAAGACAAGUUGUUAACAAGAACAUUUUAUCAGGCUUAGAGUGAGUAGCGCUGUCACGCCAACAAAAGACAGAAGUUUAAAAAUGUUGACAGUUUUAAGUAUUUAAACAGACUGUCUCCAGAGGAUCAUCCUCACGUAAGUUGAUAUUUAUCAUCUCAAAGUAUUUGUUAAAUAUUUAAGUGAUGUUAUGUAUUUUCAGUAUAAUGUAGCCUGUCGUGAUCUAAAGGUUGUGGUGUAAAUGCAAAUAUAUAUGUUAUGUCACUGCAUGAAUGUAUUUAUAUGAUGGUGUAGUAGGCUAUGACUUUUUAUUGAAGGUUCAAGAAGGUCAAGGUUCGAACUUUGUAACUUGCAUAUGAAGGGUUAAUCUCUGCCUCAUGGUGAAUACUGUAGAAAGAGCAGUGUGGUAAAGACUGUGGGUAUUUAUUUUCCUUUAUAAUUAUUCUACUCUAUGCUGUCGCUUUUAUUUUUCACAUUUCUUUGUGGAAACAUUACUUUGAUUUCUGUUUUUUCAGUACGAGUUAUCAUCAUUUCCUGUCUUAGUUUAUGUGUUUUGGUUUACUCUGAGAUUUCUACACAUUUUAGACAUUAUUUUUCUUUUCUUUUUUUAAAUGUAUGAAUAGUAAUAAAUAUUUCACAUUUUUACAGGAAGGUUUGUGGAUUUAGAGGGUACCUCUAAAGCAAUAGUUGACAUUUUGGGAGAUUGGGGAGAAUGUACCCAUGUGAAACUGAAGCCACAUGACUGGAAGAGGGACUAAAUAGCUUGCAUGUUGCUCUCCACAGGUAACACAUCCACCUACAGGUGUCUGUAAGGCUCACUACUCAGUGCACAUAUUUAAUCCCUCGAAUGUUUACAGCUUUAGCUUUAUGCUGAAUUAAACCUCACUUUCACAAAGCAACAUGAGAAUGGUGCCACUCUUUUUACUACCUGACAUUAGUAAAAAUAAGCAACAUUUAUUACCCAAAAUGUCGAACUAUUCCUUUAAACACAUGGAAAUAUGUUGCUGUAUUCAAGCAAAUUUUCAAGCCAUGUAUAAUAACUGCAUUAAUAAAAGAUUCUGUCAUAAAAGUCUAUUAAAUUCCCAGAGCCCUUAGGAGCAGCUACACCCUCUGGCCACUGGGGGUCAACACCAGUACAAAUAUUGUUAGUUCUUGCGUUCAGCUCAUUGUCUCCCUUGCCAUACUAUGUUUUUAGAAAAACAAUGAGCCACUGUUUUCAUGUCUAGAAACUGUGGAGGUCUUUCACAAAUUGAAUUUGUGAGAAACAUAUAAGUCAUAUGAUCAUAUGUAUGGUAUGUGAGCAUACAACCCCAGUUCCCAAAAUAGGUGGGACGCUGGAUGAUCAUCUGAUUUGUGUCCUCUUUUAUCGACAUUUUUGUUUUUUUGUUUUGUUGAUUUUUUUGUGGCUUGUUUGUUUGUUUUGUUGUUGUUGGGUUGUUUUUGUGUGGUUUUGUGUGUGUUUUGUUGGGAUUUUUUGUUUUUUUGGAGUGAUUUUGAGGGUAAGUAAAGGUUAAGAGCAUAUUUCAUCCUUCCAUAAACCCACAACAGCCAUAAAUGAAUUAUGCUUCGGGGGUAAUUUAGAAAUACAAAACAGUGAGAGAAGAUGAGACUGAUGAGGCUGACCCUGCUGAUUAGAACAUAGAAGGCCACUGUAUUACCGCUUCAUACACAGAUAAUAUCAAGCACAUGAUCGGCUCCCCCCGCCAUUGGCACAAAAAGCUGUUUGUCUCAGUCUGGAAAACAGGAGCUAUCUAUCCCAUAACAGUAUUAGUGUACCUCACAGCAAGGAUGCUAGCUAUACAGGAAGCAGAGAAAGUCCCUGCUUGAUUCUUACUUGCUUCUAAAGAGGGUAUAGAUAAUUGUGCACUAUUCAUUGCAGGAAGCUUUAUUCAAUUCAUGCUGCAGAUUCAUUCCUAUUUAAUUAAUUUAGCUUCAUUUAUGUAUCAUACUUAUUUCUUGCUCUGCAUUGUUUUUCUGGGACAAUCAUUUCAUUCAUUAAACUAAGGCUAUUUGAGGCCUACCUUACUAAAGACAGUCUUGUCUAUGAUUGGCCAGCAUCUGGAAGCACGGUGAUUGGCAGAAAUUGGGGCUUGUAAAAACUGUUUUAUUGUUGGAAAGGUUCGAAACCUGUAAACCUGCUAAGUAACACGAUUUUCUAUUAAUAUUUUAAUUAUAAUUAAUAUUUUUCCAGGUUGGACACGCUUAAAAAAAAAUCUUGACAGAUUUCAUCUGUUAAAUGUAACAAAUAUUCCUCUUAUUUUUAAGUACAUGAAAUUGCA